UGGAUACUUGUGUGCUCUAGCCAGAGGGGAAUAGCAAACAGGGGUAAACAGAACAUAAUAGGGAAGUCUAACCAGAACUGGGAAAAACAUCAGAAGUUGUUGAGCAUAUAUAUGAGUGCUGAUCUUCAGGACGAACAAACUCUGCUUUUCAGGGAUAUUGCAAUCAUAUGCAUACAUUGCUUCCUGUGUUCUCUGUUGCCUCUGUCUUUCUUUCUCCCUCAUUUUAGAUCAGCUGUUUCCAUCAUCACUCUCUCAUGUUAGAUGGUCUGAUAUCAGGCAAAGGGGCAUGUACAGGAAGCUUUUUUGUUGUUUUUGUAGGGCCCCCAAGCCCCCCAUCGAUGAAGUUGUGUCAUGGCGACAAUCCCUGAAAAAACUCCAGGAGUCUAAAACAGGGCAGCUGGCCUUCAGAGAGUUCCUGAGGACAGAGUACAGCGAGGAGAACAUCUUGUUCUGGCUGGCCUGUGAGGAGUACAAGACCAUCACCACCAGCAAUGAGAUAGCUAUAGCAGCCAAAAGGAUCUACACAGAGUUUGUACAGGUCGACGCUCCCAGACAGAUAAACAUCGACUGUGGGACCAGGCAGGAGAUUACAAACAGCAUGUCUCAGCCGACCCUGAGCUGCUUCGACAAGGCACAGAGACUGAUAUACAAGCUGAUGAAAAAGGACUGUUAUCCCAGAUUCCUGAAAUCUGAAAUCUAUCAAGGUCUUUUAGAACCAUCAGAAGCCCGCUGAGGUUCCAGAACCAGGUGGAGAAUAAUACCUGUUAACAACCAACAGUCUGUGGGCUGACAGGGAUUCAACUCUCUCCGCUCUAACUAGCUGCCCAUGUAAGUUCAGCAUGGUUUAACUCUGGGCUGGAGCACAAAACACAGGGCCCAUGCUCUGUAGUCUCUCUAAUAAUAGUUCAUCAUCUAGCUCAGUGGCUCCUAAUCUUAUUCUGAGGUGUGGCCAACCAAAAUAUUUUCAACGUAAACAUAAAGUGGAAUACUCUCCAUAUAAAUAUGCUAAUAUUAUAGAUAAUAGAUAUGAUAACAAAUGUUAUACAGUACUGACUUUAUUUAGAGUAUAAAGCAUUAUGUAUGUUUUAUAACUUAUUAAUAUCCAUUGGUUAUCAAUUGAUCGUUACUUUUAACUGUAAUAAUUCAUGGUAUUCUCCUGAUGUCUAUGAAAACUAGGAUAUGUCAGACCUGCCAUUAAAGCAAUGAAAAAUA